AUGUUUCGGCGGUGUCUGACUCCUCUUUGCAUCCUCAUCCUCAUCCUCAUCUGUAUGGUGUCUACAAUGUCCUCCUCCCCUCUUGGCCACAGGGGAGCGCUGUCCUUCUCCAAUUCACUGCGCCUCACUCGCGCUAUUCGCGCACGUGUCCAACAAGUGCUGUCUCGCUACAAACAGCAGCUGUUUGGUGACGAGCUCUUUGAAUACAGAGAGCUGAUGUUGAGCACACUUCCAGCGGUCACUGUGAGUUAUCGGACCUGGCUACACAUGCAGGACAAUGAGCGUUUGCAUUUGGCCUCUCACAACCUCCAAACCUUCUGGACUCACCUGGAAGGUCAACGGCAGCAGCUGGAGAGAGAGAAGGAUGCGACGAAAGAAAGAGGAGAGCAGAGAAGAGGCAAACGAGGAAAGCCUCAGCCCAAUUUGUGCCAACGUUUUGUUAGUCUGCAAAUAGAUCUGCGGGACUUAAUGAAACAAGUCAACUCUCAGGUACACGUGCACACUUCAGAGACGUCCCGUUGGAUUCAGCAUCUGAGAGGGUAUGUGAUACUGAGAGAUCUGGAACGGUACUUGAGCAGAUUGGCACGAGAUUAUGCUGUGCUCCAAGCUAAACACUGA